AUGGCGCCUGUCCUUUGCGCAAUUUGCAAGACGCAGCGCGCUCUGGUGAAGCGGCCAAAAAACCACCAGAAACUUUGCAAAGCUUGCUUCAUAUCUGUUUUUGAAGAAGAAGUCCACCAUACCAUAGUCUCUUCAGCCAUUUUCGCUCGUGGUGAAAAAGUUGCGAUUGGCGCUUCUGGUGGGAAAGAUUCGACCGUGUUGGCAAGCGUCCUGAAAGCACUGAACGAACGAUAUCAUUACGGCUUAGAUCUCGUACUUCUUAGUAUCGAUGAAGGGAUAAAGGGCUACAGGGAUGAUUCGCUGGAGACCGUCAAAAGGAAUGCGCUGCAGUACGAUAUGCCUCUGACUGUGGUAGGAUACGACGAAUUGUACGGCUGGACAAUGGACCAGGUUGUCGAAACUAUCGGCAAGAAGGGUAACUGCACAUACUGUGGAGUCUUUCGCCGGCAGGCAUUGGAUCGUGGCGCCAGAAUGUUGGGUAUCAAGCACCUUGUCACUGGCCAUAAUGCUGACGAUGUUGCCGAAACCAUUCUCAUGAACCUACUGAGAGGCGACUUGCCCCGCCUCGGUAGAAGUACCAGCAUUGUCACUGGCGACGACUCUAGUGAUGUGAAACGCAGCAAGCCUCUGAAGUAUUCGUACGAGAAGGAAAUUGUAUUGUACGCUCAUCACAAGAAACUCGACUACUUCAGCACCGAAUGCAUAUACAGUCCUGAAGCGUUUCGAGGUACAGCACGCGCUCUUAUCAAAAACCUCGAACGCGUACGACCUAGCGCCAUUCUCGACAUAGUCCGGAGCGGCGAGGAUAUGGGUCGAUUAGUUUCAGGGGCAACAGCCAACUCUUCUACGUGUAAAGGAGCUGCUGCCCACCUCCUUGAAGAAGGUUCCUCGGGCGGUUGCGGUUCCCACAAUGGCAGGGGCUCGAAGGGAGAUAUCGCUCAGCUGGACGCAGAAUUGAGCCGGAUUGCUGUUGAUGCAGACCUGGCGACAGAUUUCACGGGCUCAAGACCUGCAACUACUAUGAGCAACGACAAUAGCCAUUCUGGGCCAGUAAAGCCUGCUCCGAGUCGCGUACCACUUGGUACUCCACUUCAGAGGCUAGGUAAAUGUGAAAGGUGCGGAUAUAUGUCAAGCCAGGCCAUCUGCCAGGCUUGUUUGUUAGUUGAUGGAUUAAACAAAAACAAGCCGGAAAUUCGGAUAUAA